GUGUUAUUGUGUUUAGUUACCCCAGUUCAUUGUGCUUUUGCUGAAAUCACUGCAACAACUCAACCGGUUUUAGAUUUGGUGGUCGCUGGGUGGGCAUUAUCCCCAUUCCCCAGCUAGUUAGCUAGCUAGCUAAAGGUGCUAGGUCUGCUAGCUAGCUAACUAUCUAUCGUGAACUGCCGCUGCUUGGCCGUUACCGACCGCUAUUCACGCAGCAUUCAAUCUGAGUACAGAGUCAUUGUUCGGCUGGAAGCUGUUCUGCAUCUGAAACCAGUCAUGGAGAACGAUGCUUGUGCAGAGCAGAAGAAUGGCGAUGCUGCUGUGGACCAGGUUAAACAGCCAGCAGCCAUGGCUCCUUACAGAUACACAAAGGAGGAGCUUUUGGAAAUAAAAGAAUUACCUGUCUCCAAUGAGAGGCCGAUGUGUCUAUCUGAGAAAUAUGACAGUGAUGGUGUCUGGGACCCUGAGAAGUGGCAUGCCUCACUGUAUCCCACUUCAGAGCGUAGCUCUCCAGUGGAAGGUUUUAAGAAGGAAUAUGUGGAUGAUAGAGUUCCUUUGAAACGAAGAAUCCCAGAUCCUCGUGAGCGGUUAAAGGAGGAUGAUCUGGAUGUUGUACUGAGCCCGCAGCGACGCAGCUUCGGAGGUGGCUGUCAAGGCAACGCUGCACUUGCACCCCACAUCCGUCGCCCAAUCAGCCCCCUGGAAAAUAAAGAGAAUGAGAGUCUCCGUCUAGGAGGGGCACGCAGAAUUGGCAGUGGCCGCAUAAUUGCUGCCCGAACCUUUGAGAGAGAACCCCGUGUGGAGAAAGAGAGGGAACGUGAGAGAGACUUUAAGGAUAAAAGAUUCAGGAGAGAUUUUGGUGACAAGCGUGUGUUUAGUGAAAGGAGAAGGAAUGACUCUUAUGCAGAGGAGGAGCCAGAGUGGUUCUCUGGGGGUCCCACCAGCCAAUCUGAGACAAUUGAGCUCAUUGGAUUCGACGACAAAAUCCUGGAAGAUGAUAAGCGCAGGUCCAAGCGGUCAAGGAAGCGGGCAGAGUCUCUCAAAGAAGCUGUGGAAUGUAACGGUGGACAGGCUGAAGAGCGAGCUGUUGGUUUGCAGUCUACUGCUGAUCAGGAGGUUCCCCACCCUGAUGUUCUGCCUGAGCAGACGACUGGAGACUUUGACUUCAAUGAGUUCUUCAAUCUGGAGAAGACCAUGCCAGGACUGGCCUCUGUGCCUGCUUCUGUCUUGCAGAUGAUAGAGGACGUUUUGGGGGAGGGCCCUGUAUCGGCUAGCCGCUUCAGCCAGUGGUUCUCCAGUAACAUGAGCCCAUCAGGCAGCCGGUCCAGCAGUCUGAGGUCCACUCCCCAUGAGGAGCUGGAAAAACUUGCAGGGCUUGAGCCACGCUGCACUUCCCCUAGCCACGGCCCUGCCCCAUAUUUCACACCUAUUCAAUCAUCGGAGUGCAGGGAGAAGGUGGACAUCCUGGAGCUGCUGCACAAAGCCAAAAUAGACCUGAAGCCCCUUCUUUCCACCCUGUCGGUCAACAAGGCUCGGCUACGGGAAAGCACUAACUGCGGAGCGGUGCUCUCCCUGGAGGAAGUGGAGGGUGGGAUGAAGGGGAUGAAGCUGGGUACAGAACAACAAGUCCGAAAGGUGCCGCCUCCAAAGAGAGGAAAUGGCACGCCCUUCAUGGCUGAACAUUUAGAGGAGGCUUUAACCGGUGGUACCAGCGCUCGUCCACACUCGCGUGAUUCAGACAUGUCGGCCUUUAAUAAACUGGUCAGCAGCAUGAAGGCAAGUGGAACUCUGCCAACUCACCCCAAAACCAACACAAACAAUCAACCUUCAGAACAAGCCAUGGUGACUGUGUCUGAAGCUCCAGUGCCACUUCAACAGCAAAAAAACAUAUUUCAGGAGCUCUUGGGAGGUCCUGCUCAUAGUGGCUCCCCCACACUACUUGGUAAUCUGUUGGGCAGCUCUGAGGACCCCACCACCUGUGCCCCUCUUCAUGGCCUACUACACAAGGUCCCGUCACCACCUCUCUUUCCACAGAGGGCACCCUCACCUGACUACUUCAAUAGUCGUUUGCAACCUGCAGCCGGUUUUCCUGUUGGUCCUCCAACCAUGCUGCCAGAACAGUUUGUUGAUGUACACAGGUCUAUCAGCCCUGGAUCUGCUGCACAGCAACAGAUGAGAGCGCUGUCUAUGCCAGUGAAUCAAGCAGACCUGGAAGCUCUGGCAUUCCAACAAGACCUUGCUCUACAUGCCCACCACUCAUUCCAGUCUGGCUACAAGCCACCACUGGACAAAUCUUUUCGAAAUAGACUGCAGCGUAUAAAUCGCUCCCCUGGCCCAGGCCCUCAGCCCGCUGGAAGACACUCUCCAGGCAAUACUGUCACAAGCAUGUUGUCCCCAUCAUUUACGCCCACAUCUGUGAUCCGCAAAAUGUAUGCGACAAAAGAGAAAAGCAGAGAUGAACCAUCAAGUCGUUCUGAGACCAAGGAGGAGGCAGCGGCACACAGUCAGGAUGACAGCAGCUCCCCAAAUCUAUACCUGGAGGUGAUGGAUGGGAAUGCAGCCCAAUCUGGGGGAGUAAAGGCCAGCUCACAGACCAUGCCAAGCAAGGACCAAGAGCGUCUCAGGCCUGGCUCUGCUGGACACCACACACCCACCAUGGUACCUCCAGGGCCCUCUUCAUCUUUCCCGCGCCCCAUCUAUCCGGUACCACUGCUGUCCCAUGUACCCAUGGUGCGCCCUCCUCCCCAGCUCCACCCUAAUGUGGUUCAACGCAUGCUGGCACAGGGCAUCCAGCCCCAGCAACUUGGACCUGCUCUUUUGCAAGCAGGUAUAUUUCCACCACACGUCGACCUUGCACAACUUCAAGGCUUGCCCCCUGCCCUGCUUGGACAACCGCUGUACCCUCUAAGUGCAACAGGGCAUCCACUUCUACCUCCCAGAGCAAAUACUCCGAUGCAGUUAGCAGUAAUGCAGCAGCAACUUCAGCAACAGAGACAAAUACAUCCAAGCGUCCCAGGCCCUCAGUCACAGAGCCAUGGCCCUCACCGGACAAAUGGCUCCCAGCGACAUGGGGGCAGCCCCCCUCUAGGCCUGGCAAAGUGGUUUGGCUCAGAUGUGCUAGAACAGCCACUGCCCUCCAUGCCGGCCAAGGUCAUAAGCGUAGAUGAAUUGGAGUUCCGGCCAUAAGAAAGUAAACACUGCUGGAUAGCAAGAUUUAUUUUCUUUUUUGCCCCUCUCCUCCUUGUUACCAUAAAAAUGUGAACUUUAAUUUCAAAGAUGGUGCACAGACCUGGACAGUAAAACCAUGCCAUGCUUUGUCUUCAACCUUGAAGUCACUGCUUUUGAAGAGGCUUAUCAGCGGAAACGGGAAGACGAGUGAUGGCGUUUAGUUUUGCUGGCUGAGUAAUUUUUUUUUUAUUUUUAUUUGUAUUAGGCUCUGCGCAGUAAAUAAUGUAUAGGCCCAAUUGUACAGACCAUGGGAAAGAAUAUUGUUCUCCCUGUAUAUAGCUUCUAUUUUUUUUUUUUUUUUUU